GCGAGCAGCGGCAGCUAGAGCGUGUAGAGCUCAUUUCUCAUCAUCUUCUGUCGAGAUAUAUCACUGUAGAGGGAGCGGUGGGUUGUGUGUCGAAUUGGGACCACGAGCGGAGAAAUCAACUGCUGUGAAAAAAAUAUGUCGAGCAAAGAGACAAACAACACCACGAACAGCCUGGACCGUGUCUUGGGCACCUUGGUUGGAUUAGCCUGUGGCGACGCUGUAGGCACGACCUCCGAGUUUCAGCGGAGAGGGAUGUUUCCAGAGGUCUGCGGGAUGGUGGGUGGCGGGGUUUUUCGACUGAAGCCAGGACAGUGGACGGACGACACCUCUAUGGCACUGUGCAUGGCGCAAUCGCUCAUCGAGCGAUUGGGACAUGAUCCUCGAGACCAGCUCGAGAGGUACCUCGGGUGGCACGAGAAGGGCAGGCUGUCAUCCAACGGUGCCUGUUUCGACAUUGGUAACACGACCAUCGGUGGCAUCGACAGGUUUAGGGCUUCCGGAAACACCAGGAACUUCUGCGGCAGCACCGAUCCGAUGGAGGCGGGCAACGGCUCUCUGAUGCGCCUCGCACCGGCGCCGAUGCUUUUACGCCUCCACCCUCAGCUUGCGGUGACGGUCGCGGGAGAGACCUCGCGAACAACUCACGCAGCUAGGACCGCUGUAGACUCGUGCCGUUACUACGCUGGCCUGCUGGUUGGUGCAAUGAAUGGGGCUCCGAAGGAGAAACUUUUGGCGAUGGGCGGGUUCGUGCCGACCGGCUUACCGGACGAUUUCUGGUCGGCCAUGGAGCCACCUCUUGACCCUGAGGUGGCGGAGGUUGUGCUGGGGGCGUCGCACGCUGAGCGGGAACCUUCCACCAAGGAGAUGCCGACAAGGCAAGGCACUAUCCGCAACGACGGGUACGUCGUGCGGACACUCGAGGCGGCCUUAUGGGCGUUCGGCAGAUCCACGAGCUUCGAAGAAGGCUGUCUGCUCAUUGCCAAUCUUGGAGACGACGCGGAUACGGUCGCCGCUAUCUACGGACAGCUUGCGGGCGCGUUCUACGGUUACAGCGGCAUCCCCGCCGAGUGGCGGAACAAAAUCGCGCUGAAGGGCUUGAUCGAAGCCAUGGCGGAGGAGCUCUUCGACAUGUCCAACCGGAUCGACUCAUGCCCACACCUUGCCACCCCGGCGUCCACAAUACCGUCUACUAGCGACACAACUGAUGCCGUCGCCGGCGGUGCUACCCAUGCCAUGCCCACCACGGAGCCCCCGGAGCAAAGAGUGACUCGUUUCGUGGUAAAACCUGCUGCGGACGAGGCCGGUGGUGGUUUUCAACAGGGUGCCCAUCAGGGUGCUGGUGGCGGUGUUGACGGCAACGAAGAAAGAGCCGGUGGCGCGUUCUGGGGAGGGGGAGUAGCGGCCCACUACCAGCGGCUCGAGGAUGCCUACGUAGCAAUCAAGGCGAAGAUCAGGGCGCGCUCGUACCACACGAUCGAAGCCUUCGAACAGGACGUGAGUGCCAUGAUCCUGACUCGGCAACCUACCCAUGAACCCGACGCCAACACGAGUGAAGAUGCUGGCGGAGCGUCGAAAACGGCGAAACACGACGAUGAUAAUCCAGAGUCGCGCGAGGCGAGCACCGGGAAGCGGACGUUGGGGGCUGAGGAAACGGUGGAGAAGGCAAAGGACGCGCUGACGGAAGAGUUCGCCGCCCGUGCGGCGAUAGACAAAGUCAACGUUAGGAUGAUGCUCCAGUAAUUGACUCUCUGUGCUGUGUAGGAAGCUGCGAUUGUGCCGCAUUGUGGGUCUGCGUGGAGAGAGGGCUGUGAAAGGAGGAGGUAGGCUGGGUUCAUGCAACUCCAGAUAACAUGGAGAACGCUUACGGGAGAAAUGCCUGGUUACUCUCGCAAGGGCUGUAGCGUUUAUCUGUAGAUGCUUUGGUCCCCUUGUUGUAUCGUGAGUCGAAAUGGCCAGUCGCUGCAACCACCACGUGGUAUGUUCCUUUGUUGGCACAUUGUAGGCGUCUAGGAUCAACGUUGGUGACACUAAACACUCACAUCUCCGGUUUCGCGAAGACACGGGGCUGUGGAGGCCUGCCACAGCAAUCAGAUGUAAGGGAGCCAUGCAAAAUCCACUCCCUUUCGAAAGUGUCUCACGGCCAGCGUGCAUACCCAAAUACACCCGCAUAGACUCCUCGCCGGGCGGGAGUCCCACGCCCUUUGAAAUCCUAGCGAGGCACACAACCAUGACGUGGCCAAAGAACACCUGCUAUGAUUGUUUGGGGUGGUCGGCCCUCGAUACGGAUCGCCCGCUUCGAGUUACGGAGAGCUAGUUGGAUUUCCGCGUGGUCAAGGACUGGAACGACCUUACUCUUCAUGUCGUCUGCGCCAGGCGUGUCUGGAAGCUGAUGGUCGACGAUAUGCUUGGUGCAGAAGGGAAGCUCUCCCAUAACUUGACGAGACACGCUACGUAGAUCUAGGUGGUUUCGUAUUGCCAAUCAAUGUGGUGGCAUCGGAGUUGUAU